GCACGGCUGUGGCUCGGUCUCCCGGCUGCGCGCGGAGCUGGAGGGCUCUCCUCACAUAAGCGCUUCCUCGCGGGGAGGUUGGAGCUGCGGCAGCCGCAGGCCUGGGCCAUCCCUUCUCUGCCGCCUCCUCCUCUUCCUCAGGGCUGCCCGGUCCGCUCGCCCUCCAGCGCUGCCCAGGAGUUUGACAAGAAACUGAAGUUUUGAUCAAAUAUAUUUUGAGUUUGAAACCAGACAUGUACUAGAGUUUAGAUUCUUUCAUUUGAUUAAGGUAUGGUCUGAAUAUGCGUUGCUUGGCAGCUCGGGUCAACUAUAAGACUUUGAUUAUCAUCUGCGCACUCUUCACUUUGGUCACAGUACUUUUGUGGAAUAAGUGUUCCAGCGACAAAGCGAUCCAGUUUCCACGGCAUUUGAGUAGUGGCUUCAGAGUGGAUGGAUUGGAAAAAAGAGCAGCAGCAUCUGAGAGUAACAACUAUGUGAACCACGUGGGCAAACAGGCUGAGGAGGCAUUCCCUCAGGAGCAGCAGAAAGCACCCCCUGUCGUUGGGGGCUUCAACAGCAAUGGGGGAAGCAAGGUGUUAGGACUCAAAUAUGAAGAAAUCGACUGUCUCAUUAAUGAUGAACACACAAUUAAAGGGAGACGAGAGGGGAAUGAAGUCUUUCUUCCAUUCACUUGGGUAGAGAAAUAUUUUGAUGUUUAUGGAAAGGUGGUUCAGUAUGAUGGCUAUGAUCGGUUUGAAUUCUCUCAUAGCUAUUCCAAAGUCUAUGCACAGCGAGCCCCUUAUCACCCUGAUGGUGUGUUUAUGUCCUUUGAAGGCUACAAUGUGGAAGUCCGAGACAGAGUCAAGUGCAUAAGUGGGGUUGAAGGUGUACCUUUAUCUACCCAGUGGGGCCCUCAAGGCUAUUUCUACCCAAUCCAGAUUGCACAGUAUGGGUUAAGUCAUUACAGCAAGAAUCUAACUGAGAAGCCCCCUCACAUAGAGGUAUAUGAGACAGCAGAAGACAGGGACAAAAACAGCAAGCUGAAUGACUGGACCGUGCCAAAGGGCUGCUUUGUGGCCAGCGUGGCUGACAAGUCUAGAUUCACCAAUGUCAAACAGUUCCUUGCUCCAGAAACCAGUGAAGGUGUAUCUUUGCAACUGGGGAACACAAAAGAUUUUAUUAUUUCAUUUGACCUCAAGUUCUUGACAAAUGGAAGUGUGUCCGUGGUUCUAGAGACGACAGAAAAGAAUCAGCUCUUCACUGUACAUUAUGUCUCAAAUACCCAGCUAAUUGCUUUUAAAGAAAGAGACAUAUACUAUGGCAUCGGGCCCAGAACUUCAUGGAGCACCGUUACCAGGGACCUAGUCACUGACCUCAGGAAAGGAGUGGGUCUUUCCAACACAAAAGCUGUCAAGCCAACCAAAAUCAUGCCCAAGAAGGUGGUUAGGUUGAUUGCAAAAGGGAAAGGAUUCCUCGACAACAUUACCAUCUGUACCACAGCCCACAUGGCCGCAUUCUUUGCUGCCAGUGAUUGGCUGGUAAGGAACCAGGAUGAGAAAGGUGGCUGGCCAAUAAUGGUGACCCGUAAGUUAGGAGAAGGGUUCAAGUCUUUAGAGCCAGGGUGGUACUCUGCCAUGGCCCAAGGGCAAGCCAUUUCUACACUAGUCAGGGCCUAUCUGUUAACAAAAGACCACAUAUUCCUCAAUUCAGCUUUAAGGGCAACAGCCCCAUACAAGUUUCCAUCAGAGCAGCAUGGAGUUAAAGCUGUGUUUAUGAAUAAACACGACUGGUAUGAAGAAUAUCCAACCACACCUAGCUCUUUUGUUUUAAAUGGCUUUAUGUAUUCCUUAAUUGGGCUGUAUGACUUAAAAGAAACUGCAGGGGAAAAGCUUGGGAAAGAAGCAAAGUCCUUGUAUGAGCGUGGCAUGGAGUCCCUGAAAGCUAUGCUCCCCUUGUACGACACCGGCUCAGGAACCAUCUAUGACCUCCGGCACUUCAUGCUUGGCAUUGCCCCCAACUUGGCCCGCUGGGACUAUCACACCACCCACAUCAACCAGCUGCAGCUGCUCAGCACCAUCGAUGAGUCCCCGAUCUUCAAAGAAUUUGUCAAGAGGUGGAAGAGCUACCUUAAGGGCGGCAGGGCAAAGCACAACUAAAGCUCAGAACCAAAAUCCUGUGUCAGCCUCUGCUGCGCACGGAAACUAUGGGCUCUGUCUCGGCAGAGCAUGGACACAUUUUAAAAGGUUGCGUACUAGUUUUUUGUGGGUUACAUCAAAGUGAUAAAUGAUCCUUAAAACCAGUCUUCUGAGAUCAUUGCAUUCCAUGGGUUGGGUGUUUAGGUGGCAUUUAGAGAAAAGCGUUUAGUCAAUGGGCUGAACAAAGCUGUUUCACUCUGCCCUGCUUGUCAUCCUGUACACUUCCACAGACAGCCGGUCCCUCUCGGUUUGGGAAAGAUCAUGGUAAGCAGCUGCUUGUGGCCAGCUGUCUAGCGCUUACCUGGCAACUUAGUAUGGGGCUCUUUUAAAAUGUGAUUAUUUAUGUUUAUGUUGACAGCAGACUUUAAAAAAAUAAUGUGCUAUAAUCAGUAAAUAUGUACUUGUAGCCUGAAUAGUGGACUGUGUGCAACUUUUUAAAAUGAUGUUUCUUUUCUAUAGAUUCAUUUCUUGGGGGUGAAUGAGCAUUUGUUGCAUUUGUUCAAUUUAUUAUAUAUGGAGAAUAUUUUGAAUUUAUGGUUUUCUUAAAAUGUGUAAAUUAAAAACACAGCCAGUGUUCAGGCUUCACAGUUAUAUAACGUAAGCACAACUAAAGUGAAACUUGUUGACUGCACAAGAAAUUACAAAAAUGUUAGCUGUUUUAUGAAACUUGAUCUACAAUCAGUAAAGGUUUGCUAAUCAGUCUGUCUUCCCCAUCCCCACUGUGAUGGUUGUUUUUGUCGCUAUCUAGACUUUUGUAUUUCAUUUCAGGCUACACUCAAGAGUUUCGUCUGUUUCGGGGGGAUGUUUUUGGGACAUUUCAGAGAUUUUAUUAUACACUCGGGAAGGAGCUAGUAAUUGUGAUAGUCCACCACCACUGCCCUUUGAGGAUCUUUUUUUCUCUUUACAGAAAAAUACUAGGUCAAAUAUUACGUCCAAGAAUCAUAAGAGGAUUUUUUCCUACUUAGAUCGUUCUUGGUCAUCAACUUUUCAAACCAUUCACCUUUCCUUUGCAAUUUCAAUUUUAAAUUCUUUCAGCUGUUGGAUAGAAGUGGUCCUACUGCGUUUGCUGUACACGUGUAAUCAGGCCUUCAUUCGGGUUUUACAUCCCACUGUACCUCACGUAAAUAGGUUUCCUAGCCCUCGUACCCGGGGCAGUGUCUGCUGUACGGCUUCAGGCGUUAGUCAAAACCCAGGGAGGCUGAUUUUGCUGUCUUCUGUUUUACACUAAGUCAGCACUACAACUUACAGAGUGGAAAUAUGAGACCCCACACUUUCAGGGGACUGAGUCUGACAAACACAGUGCAGUUUGUCUGUGACCUAUAAUAAAGGCACAGCAAGAGCCACGUGAGCACCUGCCUGCACACUACAUCUUAACUGAACUCACCCCAAACACUACUUAGAAACCGGGAAAUAUAUACGUAUAUAUGAAUAUUAUAUAUAUGCAAAAUAUGUAUGUUAGUGGCAAUGGGAGCAGUAGCAAAGAAGACAAUAUAGAUCUACACUGAAGACAAUAUUAAACUGGCCGUGGAAAAGUAAGCUUAAACUCCCAAUUGACGUGACCACAACAACACCACAAAGUGGGUUAUUAAGUUUCCCCCUAGCUUUUGACCUUUGUGGUUCUUAUACAUUAGAUGUCUCAACAAGAAUAUCUGGACUCCUUUUUUAAUCUCACUGCUCAAAAAUAAACUUUCUCCAAUCUGGAAACCCUUUUUACUUCAUUGUAUUUGUUAUUAUUUAGGACAGUCCAGACUUCUGCACUGUGUUUGCACACUGGUACUUCAGAUUAAGGGAACCAGUGAAAACAGUAUGGUACUGCUUCUGUGACAAAUAUCAGUGCCUUAACAAUGUGGCUGUGCUUUUCCACUGAAUAAGGAAAGACAUUUUGAUCUAGAAAUGGCAUUCCCACUUCAAUGCUGUUGGUUUCACACUGCCUUCCACAUUGCAACAGCAGCUUGCUUUUUCUUGUGAUCCCAGAAUUUUCGAAGAGGGUGAGUUGAACCUGAAGCAGCAUUGUCAGUACAAACCAGUGGGUCUCUAACUUUAGGAUGCCUCAGAAUCACCUGGGAGCUUGUUGAAAUACAGAUUCCAGAUGCUCAGUAAAUCUGCCUGUGAAGGGUGAUAGACUGCAUUUUUACAGGCAUUCGGGCGAUUCUGAUGCAGCUGAGCUGGGGGCGUAUGCAGAGGAACACUGCCCAAGACCAGCCGUUGAGCUUUUGUUCCUAAACACCUGCCGAGUUUUCUGGGGUUUAAAUCAUGUAAAGUGUUUACUUACUCUGAGCUUAGAGAGAAUGGGGAAUGUAUUUAAAGUUUUAUUUUGUUUUGUUUCUUUAAAUGUUUCUUUGUUUCAAGAUUAUGCUCAUAGUUUUUUUUACACUUAUCUUGAGUUAGCUUUGAGGUUAAAUUAAAUCUAUUGCCACUUCAGUUGUAAAACCAGCCAAAAGUUUCCAGAUAAAGGUCAAGUUUGACCCUUUAGGGUUUAUUGUACAUAACUGCUUCAUCCAAAAACCAUCCAGUGUACAUGAGCAAAUACAAAAAUGACACACAAGCACAACUUUCCAGAUGUGGCAGUCCUUUUUCUUUAUCAGUGUGCGAACUUUCACUGAAAGCUGCUAUUUUCAUCCUCCUUGUAACUGUUUUUCUUGAUUCUCCUCCAUUGUACAUGUGGGUUAUAUACCAUGUGUUAAAUAUGCAAUAAAGAGUUUACUGGAUGCCCUUCUGAAGGGUAGUCCUUUGUAAAGCUGUACAGACUUUGCAGUUUAAGCACAAUGUGCACAUGUUAGUUUUAUAUACAGCAAAACUUGAUUUUUUGCAGAUGGAAAGGUAUUUUGUUUCUAUACAAAGUAAAUGGAUUGUUUGUGCUUAAUGUAAAGCUGCUUUAUAAAAUUGUAAAAUAAAGUUUUUAUCUUAAAAGGAA